AGGGUACAAUGUACCGCCCCUUAACUAAAGUGGGUGAUGUGCGCAUGCGUAACUCAUCGUGAACAAGAUGGCGGAAAAAUCAGCUGUCUCCAAUCCUCCUGAAGAUGGCGGAGAGAAGAAGGAGAGAGCGGAGAGCAGUUCUCCGGAACACGAGUUUUCCGUACCAAAGAGAGAGAUUAUGAGCCCGAUGCACAUGGGGAAGUGGCAGAAAUCUCAGGCACACAGGGACUACAUGGGGUUUGUGCUGACACUCAAUGAGGCUGUGAAGGGGAAGUCCAGAACAUGCGAAUGCCAUAUUUCUGAACCGACAGAGAAGUUGUUAGGCAUACUGGACACCUUAGACAGGUGGGUGGACGAGACCCCUCCUGUAGAGCAGCCUCAGAGAUUCGGCAACAAGGCCUACCGCACAUGGUUCCAGAGGCUGGAAGAGAAUGUUGAGUCUUUAGUUGAGCCCCUGCUCCCUGAGAAGUACCACACAGCUGCACCUGAGAUAGCAGUUUACCUACGGGAGGGAGUGGGCAACAAGACUAGGAUAGACUAUGGCACAGGACAUGAGGCAGCAUUUACUGCAUUUCUGUGCUGCCUUUUUAAGCUGCGUAUCUUCACAGAAAAGGACAUGCUAGCCCUCGUCUUCAGAGUGUUUCACAGAUAUCUGGAGGUGAUGAGAAAGCUGCAGACAGUGUACAGGAUGGAGCCGGCGGGGAGUCAGGGAGUCUGGGGACUGGACGACUUCCAGUUCCUACCCUUCCUCUGGGGCAGCUCACAGCUUAUAAAUCACCCUACAAUAGAGCCCAAACACUUCCCCCAGCUAGACAUAGUACAGCACCAUCACACAGAGUACAUGUUCCUGGACUGUAUCAGAUUCAUCAACACUAUGAAGACGGGACCGUUUGCAGAGCAUUCCCACACCCUGUGGGGCAUCAGUGGUGUGCCUUACUGGGGCAAGGUCAACUCAGGACUCAUCAAGAUGUACAAAGCUGAGGUUUUGAACAAGUUCCCGGUCAUCCAGCAUUUCUUAUUCGGCUCUCUCCUGUCCAUUCAACCUGCAUGACGCCAAGAUGUAAAUUUAGAACCUUUGUCUUCUUAUGUAUGCUACAGUUGAGUCAGCCCAUGACACUUUUAGAUGAGUGUAUUGUCAUCAUGUAUGGUCAAAGAGAAAGAGAGCAUUUUCAUAUGAUGUCAUCCCUCUGUCUGACACCAUGUUGGUGUCCAGAUUUGCAUACCAGUGAAUCGUAGCUGUGUUUUCAGAUCUUACGACACU